AUGCCGUUUGGAAUUCCAAUGGUGUGGACCGAUCCUGGAAACCAUGAAGUUGAUCAGUGCUAUGUGUGUGUGAAUAAGGUAAACGGACUAAACAGAUUUAAAGCACGCAAUUUCAGAAAUAAAAGUGUUCCAUCAGCACAAACGCCUUUACUACAUUCCGAAAACGUUCCGAUCCCAAAGUUACCAAGUCCGGGAGAAAAUUAUGUGCCACCAUCAUUUGAUUUUGCAUCAGAAUCACAUUCAUUGUAUCAGCCAUCUAACAUUACAUUACCUUGCAAACAUAUUGAAUGUACACAAAAUCGCUUGGAUAUGAUGGCACGCCAACUAAAAUUAUCACAAAAACGUCAGGUUGUGUUGGCACAGCAUCUCAAGUCACUAAAUAUUUUAGCCCCAGAUGUAAAGAUCUAUGGCGCUCUCGGACGACAACGAGAAUUUAUGAAGUAUUUUAAUCGGAAUGAUGAAAAUACAUUUGCACAUUGGAAUAAUAUUAGUGGUUUGAUGGCAGCAAAUGGCAACGAAUAUAAUGCAGCAGAUUGGCGACUUUUUAUAGAUGCAUCAAAGAGCAGCUUAAAAUCGGUACUUCUUUAUAUUGACAAUACAAAGAGCCCAAUUCCAGUUUCAAUACAUACAGAAACAGAUGAAAACAAAGAAUCCAUGCAAAAAAUAAUUGAUGCUAUAAAAUACCAUGAGAAUUUAUGGAAAGUAUGCGCUGAUUUAAAAGUGGUUGCAUUGUUGCGUGGACUGCCACAUAAAGGUUAUCCAAAAAACAUGUGUUUUUUAUGUCAAUGGGACACAAGAUAUGCGAACCAAUAUCAAAAGCGCGACUGGCCAGCCCGCGAAACCAUUAGAAUUGGACAUCAAAAUGUGAUCUAUGAACCAAUGGUUCCGAUGGAAACAAUUUUGCUACCACCGCUGCACAUCAAAUUGGGCCUCGUCAAGAAUUGCAACAAAUUUUUCGUCGAUUGA